GCCGGGGAGAGGCAGACCGAAGAAAAGAAAACACCGAGGGGACACCUCCCUUUGAUAAAUAAGGACCUUCCGACUCGACGACGGACAAUGAACGAUGAAUUGAGUUCAUGGGAGAACGCGACGGCCGAAGGCGUGACGACCGUGCCUGGCGAGGUCGACACCCAGGAUGGGUACAUGCUGCUGUUGGUGCUUCUUUCCAUCUUUAUCGGGGGCACCCUGGUCCUGCUCUUCGGCAUCCUGAUCGUCUGCCGGCGCUGCUGUGAGGCGGACCGUCGGCGCUCCAGAGGCACCGAUGACCCGGAAAAAACCAACACGACCUACUUGGACGACUCACAGCCGGCACAAGAAAUCACCAUCAAGGUGGACGAUCCGGACGGGAUGUCUGGUUGCAGUUACCGGGACGCGGAGAGCGAGCGGUUCCUGUCCUCCGGCAGCGCCACAGGGCGGCGGGUCUCCUUCAAUGAAGCCGCCCUCUUUGAACACAGCAAGAAGACCCAGGAGAAGGGGAGGAGGUACACUCUGACGGAGGGAGACUUCCACCACUUGAAAAACGCCCGCCUCAGCCACCUGCCUCUGCCCCCUUCCGCCGCUCUCAAAAUCAUCACCAUCCACGAGUGCGAAUCCAACGAGAACAGCAUAGCCAUGACCCCUCGGCGGCCCCCCGCCAAGCCCAGCCUCGCCAUCUUCCAGCCCUCGGGAGGCACCUUGCCCCAGACGGCGCUAACCACCCAUGCCAUGUGCCCUAGCUCAGCCUUGCCCGGGGACACCUUCAACUCCACCGUCGAGGCCGGCUCCACCGUUUCCUCGGACUCCGGCGAUGGCGUCUCGCCUGACAGCGCAGCCAGGAGUCCCAAGGGAGCUGGCGCAAGUGGUGCGGUCCCCGGAGAGCCCUCGCUGCCCCCUGCCCAGGGCGCCGUCCUCCAUUUCUUCACCCGCUUACGCCGUCACGCUAGCUUGGAAGGCGCCAGCCCCUACUUCAAGAUCAAGAAAUGGAAGCUAGAGACAAGCCAACGGGCUUCUAGCUUGGAUACGCGUGGGUCCCCCAAGCGACACCAGUUCCAGCGGCAGCGGGCCGCAAGCGAGAGCAUGGACCAAGAGGAUCGGGACCCCCACCAGACGGACAUCAUCCAAUACAUUGCUCGGACGGAUGACGUGGUUUUCCGUCCUGUGGCAGGGCCUUUCUUACCAGCCCCUGCUAGCCCCUCACUAUCUAUCGGCAGGUUAGAACCGUCCGAGCCGCCCAGCCCAGCCCCACCUGAGCCCCCAGCAUCAGAAUCACAGCCCACUCCCCCUUAUCAUGACAUUUGGAGCCUGCGAGCAUCGCUCGAGUUGUAUGCUUCGUCGGAGCAGGGUAAUGACCGGGACUCGGUACGCAGCGACGGCGGGGAAAGUGUUUCCUCAAGUAGCGGCCUACUCAGCUUUCCAUCUUCCCUGGCAGAUGAGGCCGAAGAAGGAGAUGACAGACCCUGGGGGAAACCCAAGCAGGAGAGUGUGGAGUCUGAAGCAGGGACACGCAAACUCUUGCAGAUGGACAGCGGCUAUGCCUCCAUUGAAGCUCCGAGUGGACGAGUGGGCGAGGACCAGACGGCCUCGGAGAAACGUUAUAGCUUCACCAGCGCUGGGCGCAAAGCCACCAUCUUUGAGAGCUUUGAAGAGCAAGAGCAGGAGCCGGCUGAGGAAGAGGAGGAGGAGGAAGGAGGGGCGGUGGGCGGGCUGCCCCCACACAGUCCGCUCGUAUGGGCCCCGUACGGGCAGCUGUUCCCCACUCGGGAGGGCCUGCCCCGCCGGGACUACAGCAUUGACGAAAAGACCGAUGCCCUCUUCAACGCCUUUGUCCGCCACGACCCUCAGUUUGACGAGUCGCCCCUGCGAGCCAAGCACCGUUCCCGCACCCACUUGCGCAAGCAGUGGCAGCGGACCAAGCAGUACAGCGACCCGGGCGUCCGCUACCCUCCAGCGCUGGAGAGGCACCGGACCCCAUUGAGGCGGGGCGACAGUGUCAACUACCCACCCGAGGGGCGCUACCAGAGCACCUUGCCCCGGAUCAUCAGUGCCGGGGACGAGGAGGUGGCGUCGCCAGCUGCAGAAACCAGCGACAAAAUCCAGGUGAUUGAAGAGGAACCACCAGAAGAAGCCAAGGUGGUACCUGACCCUUACGGCGGUAGCUGCCCCGAGGGCGGCCAGUGCCCAGGGUUGGGCCACCUUGGCAUGGAAGUGAUGGACAAAAUUGCCGGGGGGCUGGAGGACAGGUUCUACGUGCACUUGAAAAAAAUGAGAGAGAGUCCAGAGUGCAUGGUGGCUGUGGCCAGUGCGUCCCCUGACCACAGCCCGGAGUAGUCGGAGCAGGGAAGAGCAGUCAACCCAGGGUGAGGUGGCCACAUGUCUCUCUCUGUCCCCGGUGCUGGUAGUGCCCAAACGGGAA